AUGUGGACGGGGACGAGUGACAAUUAUGCCUAUCUCGUGAUUGAUGAUAAGUCGAAGGAUGCCGUAAUCAUCGAUCCGGCAAAUCCAGAGGAAGUGGCACCAGUUCUGAAGAAGCAUAUUGAUGCUGGCAAUAUCAACUUGACAGCUAUUGUUAACACCCAUCAUCAUUGGGACCAUGCUGGAGGGAACAAGAAACUUCUGGCCUACCCCGAAUUCCAAGGAAAGCCUAUAAUUGGUGGGAAAGACUGCGAAGCUGUUACCCAGACUCCAAAGAAUGGUGGAGGUUUCAAUAUCGGAGAAAUAGCUGUUAAGGCCAUAUAUACACCAUGCCACACACAAGAUAGCAUUUGUUGGUUGAUGGAGGACAGCACUGGGCGGGCAAUCUUUACAGGGGACACUCUUUUCCAUGGAGGCUGCGGAAGAUUUUUUGAGGGAUCGGCUGAGGAGAUGAAUACCGCCCUAAACAAGACCCUUGCUUCCGUUCCUGACGACACGAAAGUCUAUCCCGGCCACGAAUAUACUAAAGCCAAUGUUAAAUUUGCUUUAUCUAUACUGCCGAGCGAGCCCGUUAAGAGAUUAGCCGCGUUCGCAGACAACAACAAGGAGACCCAAGGCAAAUUUACUAUAGGGGACGAGAAAAAACACAACGUGUUUAUGAGAGAUCCUGAAAUACAAAAAGCUACAGCCAAGACGGAUCCCGUCGAAGUUAUGGCCAAGCUUCGAGAGCUGAAGAAUAACUUCAAACCUCCUCCCACUGAGACAAAACUGUAA